AACGCCGACCAAUCAAAUUGCUCAAAGUGUCUCCACGUAAACGACGGCAUACGUCAUCGCCUCCACGUUGGAAGCUGGGAAAGUCGUCUUGUAAACAGAGGUCGGAAAUCGGCUAUUUUUCCACCCCCAUCGCACACUGACAUGAACUCGCAUUGUCCGACGCAAUGAGCAUGUUCGACCUGCUUCUGGACAGCCAGGAGGGCAUCGUCAAGAACGAGCCUCCUAGCAACGAUGACUUCUACACGGACAUGGAAUUGGACCCGUUUUCCAAGGAUUGGGCGGACAGCUUCCUGGACAUCCUUGGCGGCAACCUGAACUCGACGCUACCAAACACAUUCGACGAUAUGCUGAUGGAUCUCGGUCCGCCAGUUGAGUCGAGCGUGCUGUCUGAAAGCGGUACCUCGUGUGAGAUGGACCAGCAGCUGAGUCCAAUGCCCGAAGCCCUGUCCCCGCUGGGCAACUCGAGUGACGCCUCAGACUCUGAGUCCUCAUCAUACACCACAGAAACAGCCAGCUUGAAGAGCACCAAUGCCCAACACGAAAAAAUCGAUGCCGCUGAGACAGUGGUGAAGACGGAACCGAAGAUGCAAGUGCGGCGGGUCGUACGUCUGGCGCCGCUGCAGACGUCAGCUGACGGCAAACAGACACGCUCGAUCUUGGUGCCGGUGACGAGCCAGGGCAAGACGACGAUGCGCACCUACCGCAUCGUGUCGGGAGCCGGCGGCCGCCUACCCCCAGGCAUCAAACUGGUUUGCUCCAAACAGGCCAUGCUCAAGCCGCCCGUGCAGGCGCAGACGCUGUCCAGCACGACAGCAGAGCCCACACGCCAUUCGAAUGAUUCGCCGUCCGACUCAGCCAGUGAUGAUUCUGACGCACCUAGGUACCCACGGCUGGAGCUCUCGACCGAGGAGAGGCGACUGCUGAAAAAGGAGGGCAUCUCCCUGCCGGCGCACUACCCCCUUUCAAAGCAAGAGGAGCGCGAACUGAAGCGGAUCAGGCGCAAAAUCCGCAACAAGAUCUCUGCGCAGGACUCGAGGAAGCGGAAGAAGGAGUACGUGGACGGGCUUGAGGAGCGUGUGAAGAAGUGCUCAGAUGAAAAUACGACGCUGCACAAAAAGCUGAAGGCGCUGCAAAACCAGAACAACGCGCUGACGACGCAGAUCCGGCGGCUGCAGGCGCUGGUGGCGCAGGGAGCCGGCGGCCGGCCCGUGCAGCCGGCCACGUGCCUCAUGGUGCUGCUGCUGUCGCUGGCGCUGGUCGUGGUGCCCAACGUGCGGCCCAACCAGCCGCAACAGACGACCACAGCCGUUGACGAAGCCGAUCUGCUGCCCGACAAGCUGGCGCCAGUGGCCGGCCGCUCGCGGACGCUGCUGUUCAACAAGUAUUCCUUCCUCGCAGAAGCGGAUGAUGAGGACGAUCUGCUGUGCAGCGUGCACGACCACGACUACGAGCCGCCAGCAAAGGUGGCCGCCCGCAGGCCGCGCAGAUCGGCCGUUGCCGUCGACGUGCCCAAGGACAUCCCUGACGUUGACGACGUCUGGCCGCCGCCAAAGAAGACGCCGCCUGACGUCGCCACGCAGCACCACUCUGUGUCCUCCUCUUCCUUCCCGGUUGAUUGGGGUAACGGUAUCGAUGAGAGACUCGUAGGAAGCAAGUUGGAGGCAGUAGUGGAAGAGAUGGUCGCCAACUCGACCAGCGAGCCACAGACAGUCAUGCUGAAAAUUGUCACCGGCGAGUAGGAUGGGUUAAAUCUUUUCAGGCGGGAAAGGAACCACUGAUUGAUGCAUUUCUUGUUGCGUGUUUUCAAAUUUUAUCAUUUCCCAAAGCACUUAACUAAUAAAUUGUGAUAGAUAUUCCAAGAUUUCCGCUUUCACCUCCAGAAAUCGAAAUUGAGCAAGUGAGUGCAGAGCGUGUUACUUGCAGCCUGCCUGUUUGCAAAAUCAUGUAUUUUCCCUUUUGUGUACAUCAAUUUUAUCAGUGCAAUGCUGCAUUCUCGUUGUAAAUUGUAUUUUGAUUCAAUUUUGAAAUUUUCAUCAAACGUUACACGGAGGGCUUAAAUUUUGAGCUGCUUAUGAAUUAUUAAGCGAGUUUUUAUUAGUAUUUCGAAACGAUGCUUACUUAAUGUUUAACAUUUCCCUCUGGUACCAUAAUCAUGUCUGUGUAUAAGUUGAUGAGGAACGUGCGUCGUCGUGAAGGGAAGGAUAUCGCUGUGAAAUUUAUUAAUUAAACGGCACCUAUACACUGAAAA